AUGGAUCCAAUAUGUGUAAUUACAGCCUACACUAAACAUACCGAAUUUACUAGACGACUAAAUAGACAUUCGGCUGUAAAUGCAUAUCAUUUUAUACAAUUGUACUGUACAAUUCUGAAUUGUCCAACUCUGCACCUUACAAAGAAUUAUGUUGAUGCAUUUACUUAUAUUUUAUCUCAUCCAAAGCUAGAAAAAUAUCGAUUUAAAAAGGGUACUCUUUAUCGUGGAUGCGUUCUUGAUGAUGAAAGACCGAUAGAAAAAUUAGUAGAAAACGCUACGAUAUUAACAACAACAUAUUUAUCUACGACUAAGAAUCGAGCAGUAGCGGAAAUGUUUGCUAAAUCUGAUAACAACACAAAAAUAUCAGUAUUUUGCACAUAUAACAUUAACAAUACUAAAGGCCGAUCAGCACUUAAUAUUCAGGAAAUCUCUAGCUUUAAAGAAGAGGAAGAAGUUUUGCUCUUGCGUUAUGCAGCAUUUAGAGUAGUAUCAAAGGAAAUAAAAGAAAAUGAUCGAAGAAUCGAAAUAUGUUUCGAAGAAUGCUCAAACGAAGCAUCAGAAUCGAACAAUCCAGAAUUGGAUAAUUCCAAUGCAAUUCAAAUGCAGGAUAUGGAAGCAACGUCUGGCACGAUUCGUUUCGGUAUUGUUAUUCCUGAUGAACGAAAUACUGAAUACUCUCGCCAUGAUGAAAUUCACAUGAACACUAUCUGA